AUGCGUUUGAAAAAGACGUUGUUAUUGUUCGAAAACGAUUUCCAAAGACGUACACGUGAUAAUGAUGAAGACAUUCCUUUGUUACGGGACGAGGAAAUCGAUGGUGAUGACGGGCCUCAGACGCCGUCCAGUCAGCAGUUCAACGUGAUAAGACGCGUCUACCACCAGGAUGUACUUAAUAAGGAUGCUGACUAUCAUUUGCCUGAAAAGCCUCUGAGCUAUUCGGCCAAAAAAGCGGUCCAGAGUUGCGGUUUCGGGGACUGUCUAUUUAAUUCGUUGCCAAUCAUAAAAUGGCUACCUGCUUACAAACCGAAGACAGAUCUGAUUGGCGAUUUGGUCGCCGGCGCCACCACAGCUGUUAUGCACAUACCACAAGGAAUGGCGUAUGCGCUGUUAGCUCAGGUGCCACCAAUCAUAGGGCUUUACAUGGCAUUCUUUCCCGUUCUUGUAUAUGUUGUGUUCGGAACUUCGCCCCAUGUGUCGAUGGGAACUUUUGCUGUAGCCUGCUUAAUGGCUGGAAAGGUUGUAACCGAGCAUGCAGCACAUGAAGUCUCAGUAAAUGGAACAGAUAUUGCUGAAGCGACGUUACAAAUGACAUCGCAGUACUCGCAUGUACAGGUGCUUAGCACACUCACAUUCGCUGUUGGAUUAAUACAGAUAAUGAUGUGGGUACUACGUCUUGGAGCGGUGUCAACGUUACUCUCAGAGCCUCUGGUCUCUGGAUUUACAACAGCCGCAUCCUUACACGUGUUAGCUUCACAAGUCAAGGACCUCUUCGGGAUAAGACUGCCUAAACUAGGAAGCAACUAUAAAGUCGUAUUGACUGUCAUAGAAGUGUUCAAAAACAUGUCGAAUUUGAAUUGGGCUGCGCUUAUAAUCUCGUUCAUCACAUGUCUCGUCAUAUCACUCAAUAAUGAAUUACUCAAGCCAUGGGUCAGCAAGCGAAGCAGAGUGCCGGUGCCUAUAGAGUUACUGGCGAUAGUCAUAGGCACUCUAGUGUCUAAAUUCGUUGAUCUUAAAACUAACUACGGUCUUUCAUUAGUUGGUACUAUACCUACUGGUCUCCCAGUACCAGAAGUACCACCAAUGCAGCUCCUCCCAGAUAUAGCUUUAGACGCGUUCACCAUAACCAUGGUCACUUACACGAUAUCCAUGUCCAUGUCACUGAUAUUCGCAGCCAAGGAGAAAUAUGAAGUUGAUGCUAAUCAGGAACUGUUAGCGCUGGGAGCGAGUAACAUGUUCGGUGCGUUCUUUACGUGCGCUCCGAUGUGUGCCAGUUUGUCACGUUCAUACAUACAGUAUCAGGCGGGUGGUAAGACUGGUAUAACGUCAGUAGUCAGUGGGGUGUUAAUUCUGUGCGUACUUCUAUGGGUUGGGCCUUUCUUCGAGCUGCUGCCACGCUGCGUCCUGGCUUCCAUCAUCGCUGUCUCGCUCAAAGGCAUGUUCAUGCAAGUCACAGAACUCGCUAAAUUCUGGCGACUGAGUAAACUUGACGCAUUAGUGUGGCUUGCUACAUUUUUGACUACUGUCCUCAUAGACAUUGAUAUUGGGCUUGGUGCGGGUCUUCUAGCCUCAGUGGGAGCUUUGUUCGUGCGAUCUCAGCGACCAUAUACCUGCUUAUUAGGAAGAGUUCUUGAUACAGACCUCUACCUCGAUAUCAAACGGUACCGUGCGGCUGAUGAACUUCCCGGGGUAAAAAUAUUCCACUACUGUGGUGGACUCAACUUUGCAAGUAAGAACCUCUUUAGAGCCACACUCUUCAGGAAAAUUGGCUACUUGAAGGAGACAGACGAAGGGAACCUCACUAACAAGAGUGAGUCAUACGAAUGGGACUCUACGCUUGGCAGAAAGAUAAACUGUGUAAUAAUAGACGCGACUGCACUAUCUUAUGUUGAUGCGCCGGGGAUCAAAAGCCUUCUCUCCGCUCAGCAAGAACUCGUCAGCAGUCACAUCACAGUACUCUUAGCUGGCGCUAACGGUCCCGUCCUAGAAAUGAUAGAGAAAUACAAUUCUUUGGAGUCAGAGCAAUUGCAAGUGGAGACAUUCCCGACGGUCCACGACGCCGUCGUCUACUACAAGAUGUUAGAGAUCAAGAAGGAACCCACCAUCACCAUUGCCACGUGA